UGUUACGUAUAUAGCUGCCAUAAUUCGGAUAGUUUUCGCUUUGACCGUUUUUUCAUUAACCCUAGCCUCGCUUUGGACAAUCAGAGCAAGAGUAUUGUUUGCAAAGUGUUGCUGUAUUUUGUCGGCUGGCGGCCCAAUGGGAGAUGCCUCGCUGUCCUUUGUCAUGAAAUUUGAAAUUUCAACAUUUGUUCGCGCAUAAGGUAUAGAGGAAAGGUGUAAGUGGACAAAGGAAGAGGCCCACAUCAAAUAAAUCAAAAAACGAGCAUGGACUUUCUGAACUUUUUGAUAGAUUCGCAGAGAAACAUUGAUUGGCAACAGCCCUACGGACCCGAAUUUCUGUAUGUUGUCCUCUCCCACGAGGUGUGCGAUUUGGACUCGUGCGCCAGCACCCUGGCCAUAGCCUACUACCAUCAUCGGAACCGUGGUCCAACGGGUCAUAUAUUCAUGCCCGUCCUCAACAUGCUGCGUCGCGACUAUCCAACCAAAUCGGAGGUGCGCUUUGUGUUCAGUAAGCAUGGCAUUGAGCCCGAAACCCAUCUGGUGUUUCGCGAUGAUGUUCCAGAGGUUGUCAUGCUUCGUGCUCGCUUCAUACUGGUCAACCACCAUGUGAGCCCCUUCCACUACAAUGUUGAGAAGGUCUAUGAUUACAGGCCACUUCAACUUGAGGCCGCCCGCCUGCCCAUCUAUUGUCAACGUAUUAUGCAUCCGACUGUAUCGUGUGCGGCCUUGAUUGCCGAACGGUAUACCAAUGCCAACCUGAACUUUUCUGGAGUGCGUUGCCCGAUCGUCUUCGAGAUGCUACACUCUGCCAUCCUUCUGCAGAACUGCAACUUUGUGCAGAGUGAGGAGCAAGCUCAGAGUCUGCGUGAUUAUCAAAUGUUGAGCGUUCUCGAGCAGAACUUGGACCCGAAGAUGGAGGAGCAGCGCGACUCACUCUACAACUCUCUGGUCUAUGCCGUCUUCAAUAUGAACCAUCUCACCUUGCCGCAAGUGCUGAGGCGGCAGUUCAAGCUCCUGCGUGCCACCAAUGGAUUGCGUUUGAUCCGUGUGGGGCAAUGCUGCUUUCCCAUGGCCGUUUCACGCUUCAUAUCCUACGAGAAUGCAAAUGUGGCGAUCCAGCAGUUUGCCAACGAACAUGGCUGCGAUUAUUUGCUGAUUCUAGGCACGAGCAUACGAUAUGGCGGUGGAUUAGGCGUUAAGGAAAUGGGCCUCAUACCAGUCGAUGGACUACGCGAUGUCGAGACUCGGCGACUGUUUGACCACAUUAUCAUUAACUUGAACGCGGCCCACAAUCCACUGCUCUGCAUGGAGGCUCAUCGGGAUUUGGAUUUCAUGCAGGGUGCCUUUUACUUCCUCAAUACGUGGAAAAUCACAUUCUAUGACAUCUUACAGCUGAUGCAGCGCAUCCUGUACGAUUGGCUGUCGGAGGAUGUGCGCGGCUAAUAACAAUUGACUGAUCUCUAAUAGCUAAUGGCUUCAGACCACCUUUCUCAAAUACAUGUUCUUUUUCGCUAUAUGUGCGUGUCGAA